AAAGCUUACUCCAUAGUCAGAACAUUUUAAUCUGAAUCUUACUUUCAGAGUGUUCUUCUUUUUUGUUUUACCUUUGGGUGUUUCUUACAAUGUCUUUUGGUAUCUUGUCAUUGCUUUAAGUUGUGUAGCGGAGCUUCUUGUUUUUUUUUACUAUUUCUGGGUAUCCUGUGGAGAUUUUCUUCUUCUUUUUUUUUUCCUUGAAAACUUUUCUGGUAAUGGACUAAAAGCCAAAAGGUGUUUAAUGAAAAGCUAAAGACAUGGCAGAUAAGAAAGAAGAAGUGUUGAUUAAUGUUUCCAACGAAGAAACUCCCAAAGUGUCGAAAGAAUCGGAGGUAUUAACCCCUAAACACACUGCAAAUAAACCACCAAAAGUCCCAAAUGCAGGUAAUGAGUCUCACCUUACUCGAAGAAGAUCAUUUACAAAACCCAAAUCAAGAUUUGGGGAACAAUCUUAUCUCAUUGAAUCUGAUCAAAUGGAAGAGACUAACUUAGCUACUCAAGAACAACUUGGUUCGCCAUAUAGACAUUCCUUCAAUAAGGCCUCCCCUAAUAUUAGGACAGAUUCUAGUGUGUCAAAAACAUUUUCAAUGACCUCUAAUGGAGAAAAAGAAUAUGAAGAGAUCAUUAAGAAAGUUAAACUACAUAAAGAGAAGCUUAAAGGAGUGAAACCCAAGGUUGUGUUUGAGGUAGUUGUGUUUUUGAUCCUAUUGGGAUGCUUAAUAGCUAGUUUAGCUUUAGAUAAACUGCAAAAGACACAAAUUUGGGGUUUGCAUAUUUGGAAAUGGUGUGUGCUUGUUAUGGUUAUAUUUUGUGGUAUGUUGGUUACUAAUUGGUUCAUGCAUUUGGUUGUUUUCUUGAUUGAGAUCAACUUUUUGUUAAGGAAGAAAGUGUUGUAUUUUGUUCAUGGUUUGAAGAAGAGUGUUCAAGUGUUUAUUUGGUUGAGUUUAGUUCUUCUUACUUGGACUCUAUUGUUUCUUGGCAUUGAGAGAUCGAAGACUGCCACGAAAAUCCUCGAUAAAGUAACAUGGACAUUAGUUAGUGUUCUUAUCGGAUCAUUUUUGUGGUUGUUGAAGACUUUGUUGUUAAAGCUAUUAGCUUCCAAUUUCCAUAUGAACAAGUUCUUUGACAGAAUACAAGAAUCAGUGUUCCAUCAUUACAUACUUAAGACCCUUUCCGGAACUCCGUUUAUGGAGAUCGAUGGGUUUCAAAGAUCACCUACGCAUUUGACUGUUAGCAAAAACAAGAAAGGUAAAGAAGCAAAAGCGAAAAAUGUGAUCGACAUGGGAAAAGUCCAUCAAUUGAAACGAGAAAAGGUUUCAUCUUGGCACAUGAAGGUGUUGGUAGAUGCUAUCACGAAUUCAGGGCUUUCAACGAUCUCCAACACGUUAGACGAAAGUGUUUACAAAGAAAGUGGUGAACAAGCAGAUAAAGAGAUCACUAAUGAGGAGGAGGCACAGUAUGUUGCUCAUCAAAUUUUCUCGAACGUGGUCUGUCAUGAGAGUAAUCAAAAUUGCCAUUACAUCGAUGAAGAUGAUCUCUUAAGGUUCAUGAUCAAGGAGGAGGUGGAACUCGUGUUUCCAUUGUUUGAAGGAUCAAGCACUGGAAAAAUUGACAGAAAAAGUUUCACUAACUGGGUGAUAAAAGUUUACCAGGACCGGAAAACGCUAGCACAUGCUUUGAGCGACACCAAAACAGCCGUAAAGCAAUUGAACAAACUUGUAACCGUUGUCUUGAUUAUCGUUACCGUUGUCAUAUGGUUACUUUUGAUGGAAAUUGCAACCACAAAAGUGCUUUUGCUCCUUUCUUCACAGCUUGUAGUUGCAGCCUUUAUGUUUGGAAACACCUGCAAGACUAUUUUCGAAGCUAUUAUAUUCGUAUUCGUGAUGCAUCCGUUUGAUGUAGGUGAUCGUUGUGUAGUUGAUGGUGUUCAGUUGCUGGUUGAGGAAAUGAAUAUUUUAACGACCGUCUUCUUGAAGCUCGAUAAUGAAAAGGUGUACUACCCGAAUUCAGUUUUGGCUACAAAGCCAAUCAGCAACUACUACCGAAGUCCAGAUAUGGGUGAUACUAUAGAGUUCUCCAUUGAUUUUAUGACCCCUGCAAAGACAAUAGGCAGGCUGAAAGAAGAAAUAAAGAAGCAUUUGGAGGCCAAUACCCUAUGGCAUCCUGGCCACCUAGUGGUGGUGAAGGAGAUCGAGAACGUUAAUAAAUUAAAGAUGGCUCUCUUUUGUACACACACAAUGAACUUUCAGGACUUCAGAGAAAAGAACAGGCGUAGAACCGAGCUGGUUCUCGCGUUGAAGAGAAUUUUCGAGGAGCUGGGUAUAAGAUACAAUCUACUCCCCCAACAUGUGAAUUUCAACCAAGUCAACCAAGACAGGCCCGGCACAACGUAUGCAAUCAACUAAUCAGUUUUGCUUGUUGCUCAAGAAUCUUCUAUAGGAUAGGUAGGCAUGCCCAUUUUAUUGCCCUCUUAACAUGGGUGAGCUGAAAUGCAGUUGGUAGCUAGAAGUAUACAUCUAUGGAAUGGAAGAGUUAAGACCAAUGCUAUGUAGGGUUUUUGUUUCGCUUCAAGUAUUGAGUAGGAUGAAUGAAUGCUUUUUAACUUUUGACAAGUUUUGCUUUGAUUUAGAGUGGAAAGUUUCUAGCAA